CUGUAGUCGUAGGUCUUAGCCGUGUAGGAGGAGAUAUUUGAAUGAAGAAGCCCCUUUCUUCACUUCUUCAACUGUCGACUCUCGUUCUGUUCGUACCUCAGCAUCUCACCGCCUCACCGCUUCUACCGCUACGAUCUUAUCGAUAACGCACACCCCUCAAACGCCUCUGUUGACAUUCACACUCCAAUCGCAAGUUCGAAAGUACUUCUUUCGCUCAAAACACACUGGCAGCCGCAGCCAGACUCCAGCAACUCACAAUGGCCCUCCAAACACCCGUCACCGACGCGACAGCGCCACUGUUCAGCUCUGAACUCAUCUCCCCCGAAGUCCUCAAAGCGCUGCCAGAGGGCUACACCUGCCGACCCCUCCAACGCCAGGACUACCACAAUGGCUUUCUGGAUGUACUGCGGGUGCUGACCACAGUCGGUGAUGUUUCUGAAGAGGCGUGGAACGAGCGCUACAACUGGAUUUCUUCCCGAAACGACUCGUACUUCAUGAUCGCCGUUCUUGACGCCUCCUCACACAUCGUUGGCACUGGCGCAUUGGUUGUCGAGCGCAAGUUCAUCCACCAGCUUGGGCUUGUUGGGCACAUUGAGGAUAUCGCUGUCGCCACGGACCAGCAGGGCAAGAAGCUCGGACUCAGGAUUAUCCAGGCGCUGGACUUUGUGGCCGAGAAGGUUGGAUGCUACAAGACCAUUCUGGAUUGUAGUGAGGCGAACGAAGGGUUCUAUGUCAAGUGCGGGUUCAAGAGGGCUGGACUGGAGAUGGCACAUUACUAUGGACGGUAGAUGUUGGAUUGUUCAGUGGAGCAUUCCGGGGCGUUACAUAGCUCGAGGGAUAGACGUAGCUUCAGAAGAUCACUAGACACUAGACAGAUGAACAUGAACAUGCACGUAUAAGGUACAUACGUUGCUCUCGAACACAGCCAGGAUCGGCUGGCUAACUUGAAAUACUUGUUCUCUACACAAAUCCACAUCUCGGAACUUUUUAAUGUGAUUGCAUGAAUAUGAU